UUGCAGGAAAAUCUUGAGCCAGAACAUCUUCGCAAGCUCUUCAUUGGAGGGCUUGAUUACCAUACCACUGAUGAGUCCCUCAAAGCUUACUUUGAACAGUUUGGAGAAAUAGUUGAUGUGAUUGUCAUGAAGGAUCCCCAGACCAAACGCUCUCGAGGUUUUGGUUUUGUGGCCUUUUCUCAAUCCUACAUGGUGGAUGAGGCUCAGAAGAAUCGACCACACAAGAUAGAUGGUCGAACUGUCGACACAAAGCGAGCUGUGCCCAGGGAUGAGAUUAGCAGGCCUGAGGCUGGAGCUGUGGUCAAGAAACUCUUUGUUGGAGGAAUCAAGGAUGUUACAGAAGAUGAUGUACGGGAUGUGUUCAGCCAGUUUGGAGAGGUUGUGAGCGUCAGCAUCCCUGUUGAACGUGACACUAAUAAAAAGCGAGGCUUUGCCUUUGUUGAAUUCACUGAUUCUGACUCAGUGGACAAGGCUUGCUUACAUAAAGACUUGAUGAUCAAUGACAAACGCGUUGACGUCAAGAAAGCUGUUGAUAAGAACGAGAUGGCCCGACGCGGUGGAGGCGGCGGCGGUGGCGGUGGCCGCGGCGGUGGAUGGGACAGCCGAAAUGACAGCUGGGGAGGAAACCAGAGCUCUGGCGGCUGGGGAGGCCGCAGUGGUGGCGGUUGGGGCAGCAGUCAAGGAGGCUAUGGAAGCCAAGGUGGAUAUGGAGGCAGCCAAGGUGGAUAUGGUGGAGGUGGAGGCUAUGGUGGUAGCCAGGGUGGAUAUGGAGGAGGUGGCGGCUGGGGUGGCAACCAGGGGGGACAAGGAGGCUGGAGUGGUGGUGGCCAGGGUGGCUGGGGCAGCAACCAAGGUGGUGGACAGGGCUGGGGUGGUGGCCAAGGUUACGGUGGUGGCUCUGGUGGUAGUGGCGGAGGAUGGGGAGGCCAGCAGAACGACUUUGGCAACAACUACGGACAGAACUAUGGCGGUGGCCCGAUGAGAGGACAAGGCAGCUACCAGAACACGCGUUCCGCUCCCUACUCUGGCGGCAAUCAAGGCUAUGGAAUGUCCAGUGGUGGCGGUGGUGGAGGAUAUGGAGGCUCCAGUAAACGCUACUAAACUCCAUCUUCUUAGUUUUACUAAGUAAAGUCCUAGGGCGUUAUAGGAAGGCGAGUGUUGAGGCAGGCUUGACAGGCUCUAUGCUAGGCUCAGACAGGCCAGGCACAGCUCUAGGCUCGCAGUGUAGGAGCCAACUCCCUAGAACAGCUCCAACUCGAGGAUACAUUCCAAACCGAGCGACGAGAGUUAAGGCCUUCCUAUGGUUUGGGUUAGCUGCUUCAUCUGCUGGACGACUUUUGAUCCGACCACACUAAUCUUCAGAUCACCAAUUAGAUGUUGCGUACAGCGUUACGUAGAGCGCUGUGGUACAAUUGUACUCUAAGCCAUCCAAAUUAAAAGAACCAAGAGCU